UCCCACCACCCACAAUGCAUCACAAAUUCUUGUCUGUCUCUGUGACCUUUUGCUUUUGAUGUUCCCAAUGCCAUCUCGAUGUUCCUGUCCUUACACUUCCACCACUGCUCCUGCUUUAGCUUCGCUUUGCAAUGCCACUACAACUUCAAAAUGUCUUGAGUGGGAAGGGCAACUGUCUGCAACACUCCGCAGCAAAUCCAGCAUUCUACGCUCAUCUCAUCUCGCCCAGGCAGUCACUAGGCCAAAUGGAGUCACCAAGAGCAACAAGAACUGCAAGGACUCCUACUUGCACCGUUCCUGGGCUCCUAGUAGGCCUCACCAAGCUCUGCAAGCUCACCAAGGUUUGCGCUGCGCCGGCGCUGGACAACAACGAGGCAACAACAAAGCCAGGACUCCGAUAUUGCGGUGGGUACGAUCAGAGGCUAGUUCUCAUAAGACUGUUCGAGGGAACAGCAGCUCUCAAAUCAGCCUACAUCAAGCUGCAGAGAGCUCACAUCCCUUACAGCCCUGCCAAGAUAGCUUUCGCCGACGACAUCAUCACGUCCGAGCUUGAGUCAGUAACAGCUCUGCAGUGCCUGUGCAGCAGUGCGAGCGGCAGCGUCGGGCCGUUGGUCAAUGAGCGGUGGUCGCUGCUUCAGGAACUGGAGGCCGAGAUGAGGAAAAGAGAUUCAGACAUUGUCCUGCUGAAGAGGGAACUGGAGGGGCUGCAAAGAGGGAACGCGAGACUGAACAAGCAGAUCAAGAGCAAGCAGCCGGCUAAGCACUAUGACAAGGUCUUUUCUGUACCGAAAGAGUUAAUCCCGACGACGCCUAGUGCAUUGCUGAAGCUGUUCAAGGUGGCGUCGACAUCGGUGCAGGACUUUGCAGGGUUGAUUGCUAGCCAGCUGCUCUCGUCGGAUCACUGUAUCAGCAAUGCAGAUGUUGCAGAGCAGUUAUGGAAGAGGUACUCACUUGAGGCACACUUGUCGCGAACAAUGUUCGGAGGUGGUUCCGGUACAGGUACUGCAGGAGGAGAAGAAGGGUUUGACAUCGAUGCCGCUCGUUUCGAUCGAAUCAUGGGGUUCUGCGAUCCUCUGGACGCCCUGAUGCAACACCCAAGCUCCAGUUUCUCAAGGUUUUGCCGGACAAAGUACUUGGCUGCCGUGCCGCCGGAGAUGGAGACGGCGGUGUUCCGGAACCUGGACCACAGGACGUUCGUGUCGCGCGGCGGGCACCCGAGGACGUGGUUCUACCGCGCGUUCGCGACGACGGCGAGGUCGGCUUGGGCGCUGCAUGUGGUAAUGGCGCGCUGCUCCGGUGCUCAGAGUGUCAGGAUGUUCUACGCGAGGAGAGGGAGCGAGUACGUGGAGGAGUACAUGGAGAGCGUGGCCGAACCUGUCUUUGGCCGCAGAGGAAGUCACGGAGAGGAGAAGCUCAGCGUCGCGCUGACGGUGACGCCGGGAGUCAAGAUCGGCGACACGGUGGUGGCGUGCCGGGUGUUUUUGUGUGAUCCACAGGACGCCAACAAUAUUCAGUGACUGGUCUAGAAGCGCAAUUCAGCUAACUGUAUGCAUUACGUUCAAGUGUGCAAGAGUUUAUGCGUUAUGUUCAAAUAGGUGUUUAUUGCGUACCCUUUUGCAACUCAUUUCCAUGUGUACAAGAGUUCUUCAACGGUCUGACACGGCACUAGAUCAAAUGAGAUCAGACCAGUAGGUAUGAUUAGCCCGACCAUCAUUUGAAAAUGUACUUUUAUGAAG